CAUGUUAAACAAUUAUAACAUUCUCACUAAGUGCUUGUAUUGCAACACAAAUGAAUAUGGAAUUUAAUAAGGUGAUAGUUAUUAUAGUAGCUAGCAUUUUGGGAAUUGGGGUUGAAGGAUGCAAUUGUAAGAUUGUGCAAUUCAUUUUUGGGGACUCUCUUUCUGAUGUUGGAAAUAAUAGGUAUCUCUCUAGAAGCCUUGCUCAGGCAAACCUUCCUUGGUAUGGUAUAGACAUGGGUAAUGGCUUACCUAAUGGAAGGUUCUCUAAUGGUCGAACUGUUGCUGACAUUAUAGGGGACAGUUUAGGCCUACCUAGGCCCCCUGCAGCCCUAGACACAUCUUUAACUGAGAAAGAUAUACUCAAAAAUGGAUUGAACUAUGCUUCUGGUGGUGGCGGUAUCUUGAAUGAAACUGGCUCCUACUUUAUUGAAAGGUUAUCACUGGAUAAACAAAUUGAGCUGUUUCAGGGGACACAAGAACUAAUUAGAGCCAAAAUUGGAAAAAGGGCUGGUGAUAAGUUUUUUAAGGAAGCUCGUUAUGUUGUUGCUCUAGGUAGCAAUGACUUUAUCAACAACUACUUGAUGCCUGUUUACACUGAUUCAUGGACAUACAAUGAUGAAACCUUCAUGGACUACUUGAUAGGAACACUAAGAAGACAAAUAAAGCUACUUCAUAGUUUAGGAGCAAGGCAAUUGAUGGUUUUUGGGCUAGGUCCAAUGGGGUGCAUUCCCCUUCAAAGGGUGCUAAGUACAACUGGAAAUUGUCGUGAUAAUGUAAACAAGCUUGCUAUUAGCUUUAAUAAAGCUUCAAGCGAACUAAUUGAUGAGUUGGUGAAAGUUCUUCCUAAUGCAAAUUAUAGAUUUGGUGAUGCAUAUGAUGUUGUCUAUGAUUUGAUUAGCAAUCCAAAUAAGUACGGAUUUGAAAACUCAGAGUCACCCUGUUGUUCAUUUGGAAGAAUUAGGCCUGCACUUACAUGUAUACCUGCAUCAAUAUUGUGCUCAGAUAGAAGCAAAUACGUGUUUUGGGACGAGUACCACCCUUCAGACAGUGCUAAUCAACUCAUUGCAAAUGAACUCAUUCACAAAUUUGGAUUUUCACGUGUUGAUCAAAUAGCUGCUCCUUCUCCUUCUCCUUCUCCUUCUCCUUCUCCUUCUCCUUCACCAGCACCAGCACCAGCACCAGCUGUUGCUCCAUCUCCACAACACUGAAACACUUUUCUUUCUCUUGCAUCUCGACUACUCACUUCUACAUAAUUUCUUUUCAUCGUUCUACUUUCUGUGUGGUUUUUUUAAUGAUUAAUUUCAUGAUCAAAUUCAGUAAAUUGCUUUUACUGAAUGUACCUUAGAAUUUCCCUAAAAACGUAUCACAUGAUGCUAUAAUGAAUAGUAUUUAUUAAUUUAUAUAUAUUGGCCUCAUACUACUUUCCAAAAGAAGUUUGAGAAAAGGAGUGUAAGGGGGAGUGGUAGACAAAGCAAUGUGGAUGGCUUUCUCAACUUAAUACAAAACAAAUUAUUAAAUGUAAAAGUAUGAGAUCACUUUUUAAGUC